ACAUAGUUGAUAUCAAUUGAAGAGGAUCUCCCCAUUCACUUAAUUUUUCUUCUUUCAUUUGAAUAAAUCCAAUUUUCAUUUGUCCAGCCGGAUUGGACGGCUGUUCCCGUGCAGAUUUUUUUCCUUUGAAAACGCGCUUGGUGAAUGGCCGCGCGUCGUGGAAGCGUCCGGUGAAUCUGAUUGGUCGAACGCGUCGGGGCGUUUCAUUCUGAUUGGUCGACGACUGAUGCCCGGUGUCCGGGUAAGAUGGCGUCGGAAGAGCAGUGCUCGGCACCACCUCGAUGGCGGUCGAUAUCCUUAACCCACGUAGAGUAUCCGGCUGGUGAUCUGACGGGGCAGGUAUUGGCCUGCAUGAGUCUGCUGCCCAUAGCGAUCCUCGUCGGAUUUGUCACUCUGAUCGUCUUUAAGAGAGAACUACAUACGAUCUCUUUUUUUGGGGGUUUGAUCAUGAAUGAGGGGCUAAACUGGCUUCUCAAACACAUUCUACAGGAGCCUCGACCGUGUGGAGGAGGUCACAGCUCAGUCACGACAGAGUAUGGGAUGCCUUCCAGUCACUCUCAGUUCAUCUGGUUUUUUGUUGUAUACUUUUUUCUUUUUCUUUAUUUAAGAAUGCAUCAGACGAACAAUGCCAGGUGUGUUGAAUUGUUAUGGCGGCAUAUACUGUCCAUCAUUCUACUGUCCGUGGCUCUGUCCGUUUCAUACAGCAGAGUCUACCUCCUGUACCACACCUGGAGUCAGGUGAUUUAUGGGGGUGUGGCUGGUAUGGUGAUGGGAGUGGUUUGGUUUUUUAUCACCCAAGAGGUGCUUACGCCACUCUUUCCCAAGAUAGCAGCCUGGCCCAUCUCAGAGUUUUUUCUGGUGAGAGAUACAAGUCUCAUUCCCAACAUCCUGUGGUUUGAAUACACAGUAACCAGAUCAGAAGCCAGAAACAGACAACGAAAGCUGGGAACGAAGCUUCAGUGAUUUGCUGCAAAACCCCAGUGAAAACUGACCAUACACACACAUGCACACACACACACACACUCUCAAACACACUGGAGUUUCAUAGUCUGGACUGUUCUUGUUGAUGUGAAAGCGCAGAACAGUGUACUUGUGGACCAAAGGAGCGAGUUUGAAUCGCAGACGUGACCGUUAUUAUCACAUGACCCAACCGUUCGCACGACAACAUGGCCUUCUCCUCCCCCCGUCCUUAGGCUGCCCCUGCGUUCCUAAUGCAUGCAGACCGUGCAAGAGACAAAGCUAUUUAAUGACAAAUGUAAUAUAUAUUUUAUUCAUUAACGUUCACAGGGACGAUCUUAACGGUGACGUGGAGUGAGGUGGAAGUGAGUGAAAGAGAGUUUUACAACGUGGCAAACCUAUCAGCAUGGCAUUAUUUUUAUUUAAACGACACGUUAAAGGACCAGGGAAAGGAAAGUGAGAAUUUAAGGCUGGGUAGUAAAAACAGGAGAGGAGGAGGAGGGGAGGAAUGCAGAAACAAAUGCCAUAUUGAAAACAGACGAGGGGGGUGGGGGAAAGAAAAUAGCUUUUGCUCGUUUGUAUAUCCUAAAAGAAAGAAAUCUUCCAGGUGAAUAUCGCAUAAAGGUCAUGUUUUACCCCAAAAUAAUUUUUUUGCAUUUUUUAUUCUCAUUACUGUUAUUUUUACUGCAUAUUGCAUUACAGAAUGUGCUUUCUUGUCAUGAAAAUUGUUGUCAUAAUGGUCCAAAAACAGGCUUUGUUUUCUUUAAGCAAAAUACAUUUCUUUCUUUUGAUUUUGGGGUGAAACGCAACACGUUCUCGACAGGCUUUGCGAAAUUCACCUUGGAUUCCUGUCAAAAAGUGUAAUGUAAACUGAAAUAAUUUGCACUUUGUCAAUUCGAAAGACUUUAAAAAAAGUCAUAUUAACACUAGUUUUUUGUAGAGGCAAGGAUUCUUGUAUUUCUGCUCUUUGCCAGUCCUUUUUGUUUUAAAGUUUGUCCACUGACAGAUGGUCACCCAAGCAGCCCUUUUGCUUUCGAUUUUUCCUCCAGAUGUCCGUGAGCAGGAUUUGCUAAAUGUUUUGUGCAUAAAGGCAUUUCAGAACAUGGAGAUGUUACAACUAGUUCCAGAUUUAUUUCAAGUGGUGCUGGGAACAAAAUUAGGUCAUGGGAACAAAAUUAGUGCCUGUGUUUGGUCAGAAUAAUGUAGUACUUCUGUUUCAACCCUAUUCACGUUAUCUUGUGUUGUACUUGCAAAAGGCGUUUCAUUCUGCAACAUCACAUAUCGCCUUUUCCAGAUUUAUUGGGCCUUAAUUCAGCAGAUGGCUCCAUUGCAUCAUGUUUGUUUCAGUGUGCAGAUGAUAUGCAGUAAUAUUUAAUAAUAUUUGAAUUGUCAUUCCUUUUUUAUUAAUGCAAUGAACAUCUCAAAGGAUGCAUUUUGACAGUGCAGAAAAUAAUUCUCAGCUUUUUAAUAUUAACACUUUUUUUUUUUUUUCUAUUUCUGACCCAUUUUUCCCCUGAUGUGGGCCAUUUUCUCACCUGACAUCUCUGCUCUAAUUUCCGCUUAAAACAUUCCCAUAAUACCACUUUUGAGUAUUUAAGGACGGCUUUGCAACUGCUACAACAGGAAAAGAUUACAUGUCAAAUGGAAAUAUGAAAAAGGACAUAAUAAAAAUCUGAACCCAAUCCUCAGGUGAACUCUAGCAUGUACCGAGGCCUCUGUUCUUUUAGGAUGAUGUAGAAACUGUCUGUGACGGGGUGUUUAUAUAAAGGGAAGGGAGGUUAUUAUUGCAUAACUCUAAGAUGAUCCUCUCUUUUAUCAUGUGUAAUUCAUAUCAGGCUGAAUAAAAAACAAAAUAUGUUUAUGUA